ACCAUUUACUGUACUGAAGGUACUUUGGUUUACUUGAUUAGAAAAGUCAAGUUACAUGUAGUAACAUUUGAGUAAUUACAUUUGAGUUACAUUUGAGUAAUUUUAUUUGUAUGUUUCUCAGUCAUCAUUGUAUUGUAUUUCUUUGUUUUGGCCCCACAGUUAUAGGUGUAUAGCCUUUUUUAUCUUUUUCUCCUCUACUAUGAUCUCCAUGUUCUCACACUAUUACACUAUAUGAACUACUACAAAGGCCUUAUGUAUAUGUUGCACAACAAUUGUAUUUAAUUCCUAUUUAUUGUUUUUAUUCCAGGUGAGCUCAUUGGAGUGCAGUACCUGUUCCAGCAGAUUGGUCAGGCACUGCAGGACAUGAACCCAGACUCUGAAGAGACGGCAGAACUCAUCGAGGAACUUAAUGUGGAGGAGCGAGAUGAAGAUGAGGGCUUCUGUGAUGUCAGCGAGGAUCACACAAUUGCAGAUCCCGAGGAUGUUCUGUCACCUCCCUCCUCCACUCUGACACUGGGUUCUUCCACCGUGGUCACCAGCAGUGACACGGCUGUACUGGGUUCCACAUCCCCUUCACUGGUCCCUGAUCCUACACCUGCUCCUUCAUCACCUGGACCCUCGGGGACUGCUGUGCCACCUUUUCCCUCUGAAACAUCUGUUUCACCACUUUCCUCAGAGCCAGAGGAUGCUGGUCAGGAUGAUGAUGACGAUGAAGAGACUGCUGUUGACUACCAAAAUGUCCCGGGAUACCAACAUGUGGACAAGCUGGCAGAAUAUCUGGUGGAGCUCCGGGGUCACAAAGCCCUUAGCCUGACCAAUCAGGAAGCCAGCACCAUAAUUGAACUUUGGCAGAACCUGGCUGACCAGGACAAGCAACGGGUGGUGUAUGCAGCUAGACACCAGAAGAGACUGCUGAGUGGACGCUUCAGAGUACCAAAGAGGCCCACUAAAACCCCAGGAGUAGAGAGCACCAUCAGAAGUGUGCUGGGAGCAAGCAGCGCACCUGCUCAGUGGCCUGACUGUUGCCGUCUGGUGGAAACCAUCUUCAUCAGGCUUUGCAAUACCCACCCAAGCCCCAAGAGAAAAGGCAAGGGAACGCUGUCGAGAUGGUCUCUAAUCCUCCAGGAUUACAUGAGGAUAAGGCAGCUUGGUGAUGGGGGGAACCUCAAUGCAGCUGGUGAGGGUUAA